AUGAUGGACCCCUCGCCGAUCCAAAAGCACAUCGAAGUUAUCCCCCUCUCAAAUUCUCAACCAGAUGUAUUCCGCAAUCAGAAUAAGCUGUGGCGACCUGGCUCACGCGGAAUCUUUGGAGGCAUAGCCAUUGCUCAGAGUCUCCGCUCAGCACAAUUGACUGUCCCGGCAGAAUUUGACGCACAUUCCAUGCAUUGUUCAUUUGUGUUUGCAGGCAAUGCUGAAGAAAUGAUUACAUAUCACGUGGAGCGAGUGCGAGAUGGGAGAAGCUUUUGUACGAGAUUUGUUCGUGCGAUUCAGGGCAAUCGCCCGAUUUUUCUUGCAACAAUUAGUUUUACCAUGCCACAAACAGUGGGUGUAUCUCAUAGCCUAGCACAUUCGACAGCGCCACCAGCGAUUAUGCUGCAUCAGGAUGAAGAAGUCCCUGAUUCAAGUGAAUUCCGUGAGAUUUCAGCCGAGACUCCGUAUCUCAAUAAAAGUGCGGGCGUACUCAGGGGAGCAUCACAUAAUCCUCAGGAUAAACGGGUCCAUCAAUGGAUCCGAGCACGAGGAGAAGUUUCUGUCCAGCAGGGUGACCCUAUCCAUGUAGCUGCGUUGGCUUUCAUGUCAGAUAGCUACUUUCUAGCGGCAGUACCACACUCUCAUGAAAUCUGGGAUUUUAUUCAAGCACCAGUCACCGAAUUCUAUCCCACCAAACGAGAUCUCUUUACCUCGCCCGAGACUCAUACGGCGAUUCACCGGCCCCAUUUCGAAGUUGAACAUCGUAGUGGUGCAAUUUCUACUCCAAGGGUUGCCACGAUGGUCAGCUUGGACCACACAAUUUACUUCCACGACGUGAAGAGGCUUCGGGUGGAUGAGUGGUUGUUAUCGGAGGUACAGACUAGCUGGGCAGCCAAUGGGAGGGGGUUGAUUCAUCAGAAGAUGUGGACCAAAGAUGGAAUGCUUGUAGCAACUUGCAUCCAGGAGGUUAGCAAUCUCGUCCUCUACAUGUCUUACUUGACUUACUGA